GGGGGGAGGGGGGGGCGCAGGUAAUUUGAUAGAAGUUCAUUUUGACUUAAAGCCUUUUUAACCUUGUACGGACAAAAAAGUCACUUUCCAAACCUGCAAGAUUUAUAUAUCAGUCUUACAUGACAGAAUUUGGGAGACCAUGGAACAGUGCCUGUGUUUUUAAUUAUGUUUCUGGAGGUCAUUUCUUUAUCAUCAGUAGUAGUAGUAGUAGUAGUAUUAAUGUGACAUGUACUGAUGACUUCUUGGCCAGGUCACCCUUGAAAAAGAGACCUCGAUCUCAAUGGGUUCUUACCUGUUCAAAUAAAGGUUACAUAAAAAUAACAAUAAUAAUAAUGUAUCCUGUUAAGAUGCCAUUAAUUGGUUAAAUACAUACCUGCAGUAAUGAAGGAGAGGGCGAUGGAAGCCGACAGGUUAUUCAGGAGAGGCUGACUGCAGUAUCUGGAUGAUUUGGGACUUUAAAACAAACAGACGCCAUUGUUAAGAAGACCAUAUCCCCUCUCACCUAAAUGACCCAUGAGCUCUUUGGCUCAGAGCCAUCACCUGUGUUCUAGUUACCUUCUUAUUACAUAGAGCUGAGGGACCAGGACCAGCGCCGUGACGACUGCAUUCACGAUUUGACUGCAAAUGGGAAAAGAAAAUGUAAAUCAAUAAAAAUUUGACCAAAAAAACAAAUGAACAUAUACUAACUUACAAUUUCAACCUCUUGCUCCUUGGUAUCUGUCUGCUGCUGUGAUAAGCCAGGUAGAUUAACAUGUAGAGGAACAUGGAUGUUCAGGAUGAAACACUGACCCUGAUGGCUGGACGUGUUUCACUGCCUGCAGCUCCACACGCGAGCAGGAGGAAGGAUAGAGUUUCAUGCUGCACAUGCACACAGACCUGUGUAUUGUGUUACCUGAACACUUGCACAUUAAAGUAUGAGAAGUAGGUUGUUAUAUUUUGUGUAUGUUUGUUCAAGCUCACAUUUGAAGAUUUCAGGAGAGUCUUCUGUGAAGGUAAUUACUGAAACAGGAACAAAACAGUUUCCUCUUUUUUAAUGUGUAUAAAGUUCUGUUACGCCCUCCAGCAGUCUUCCUUCACAUGUGUCCAAAUAGCAACAUAUCACCUCUGCUCGACAUUGGCAAAAUACAAAAUCCCUCCCAUUCACUUCAAGUCUGAUCAUUCCUGUAACUCCUGCUGUAGAGUCUCCCAGAGAGUCAAACAAACAUCCAAAAUGCCAGUGGACUAUAGUGGGACGUGGGACAUGGUCAGCAAUGUCAACUUUGACGGAUACAUGAUUUCACUCGGUAUGUGACACAGCUUCUUUUAAUGACCAUAGACGCUUAGAUAUGAGUGUUUUGGUUGUGGUAUAAGGGAAAAUGAAUAUGUACAUUUGACAGGAUUUGUGAUUUUGUAUUAUGUAAAAUGUAAAGAGAGUUAUUUGUCCUCUGAAAAUAAGACUUAAUAUGAUCUGUAUUCAGUGAACAAUGCUGGACAUGGUUGAGAUACAUAUUUCACAUGAAUUUGACUUUCUUUUUACUCUGACAUACAGGCAUUGAUUUUGCAACACGUAAGGUUGCGUCUUUGUUGAAGCCCCAGAAAGUGAUUACCCAAGAUGGAGACAGUUUCACAAUCAAGACAUUCACGACUUUCAAAAAUUAUGAGUGCUCUUUCAAAACUGGAGAAGAGUUCGUGGAAGUGACAAAAGGAAUGGACAACAGAUCAUGCCAGGUAAAAACUUUGUAGGUUAUUGUCGCAACAAAGAUAUCCAAAAUAUCUCUGGACAUCAGUCGGUUGUGUUUUGUGGGGCUGCGCAGUUAUUAGGAGCUCUUUUCACAUCUGCUCUUGUUUUUUGGUUGAAGACUGUGGUGAACUGGAAGGAUGAUAAGCUGGUGUGUGUUCAGAGAGGAGUGAAGAAGAACCGAGGAUGGGCUCACUGGAUUGAAGGAGAUGAGCUUCAUCUGGUAAGUGAUUGUCAAUGACCCACCUUACACACUAAUGCAGUUCCCACUGAGCAUUUUUUGGUCUAAAAGAGGUCUAAUAGACGUCUAAAUGUAGUCUAGACGACUGAUCUAAAAUCAGGCUACCACAGGUCUAAAAAUUCAAGUUUUUUAGACAUCUUAAUUGAGCCCAAGUUUAGACUAAAUCUAAAUAUGGGCUAUAUCGUUACUAUACUGUAUAUUGCUCAACGACCUUUAAUCAUUUUAGUUAAGUACUUGGAGAUCAGUUAUGCAACUCACAGUUGCUUUUUGAAAUAAAUAGUUAUCGAAUAAUGGGUUAAAGUGCAACGUCUAAAUUCCGUCUAAAGAUACGGUUAAAAUUAGGUCUAAAAAAUAAACUUAAUGUCUUAUAGCUGUCUAUUGCUCAGUUAUGUAACAGUCACUUUUCAUUUUAUAUAUUUUUGGUCACAACAUUUUACAACCUCCUGUUUUCUCUCACCAGGAACUCACUUGUGAAGAUCAAGUCUGCAAGCAAAUCUAUAAAAGGACUCUGUAGUCUCUAUUGUCAGGUUCAGUGGGGGCCUUAAAGUAGCUUCAUGACAAGAGCUAAGACCAACCAUUGUUUAUUUUCUAUACUUAAUGAAAUGCAUGUAAUGUCACUGUGAUUUUCAUGAUUAAAUACUGUCUUUAGAGAGCAGGGGCAAGUCAAUGCUUACUUACCAAAUGAGGGAAAUCAAAUACGGGGCAAAAAAAGCCUGGUGUUGCAAGACCAGAGGUGAUGACAGGAAAAGAAAAGCAGGCUGAUGGGUCUUGAAGCGCCGAGUGAAAGGAAUACAUGAUCACAGAGAUAAUGUUCAAAAUUGUUAUUUCAGUGACUGUAUUAUAAAAAAAAUAUCUUCUGAGGCAUCUUGCUUUUCAAGGAACAAAUAAAACUGGCAGAAGUAAA